CGCCAUAUCGCCCGGGGGCCGUGGGUAGGUGGCAUGCUGCCGCUUUUCUCUCAACAAUUACCAGUUGUUUUGUUUGGGUCUUGCUCUGCCGAUUGAUCUGUUACAAACGGCUAUUUGACUCACUCCCUUGCAGUAAGCUCGUUUAGGAGACUUUUAGAUUUAUUCCUUGCUAUUUUACAGUGUAUACCUAGAUUAUUCCCUGACUACAAACUUCAAAAUGGGUGACGAAGUCAAGGCUGAGAAUGAGCACAUCAAUUUGAAGGUUAUGGGACAAGAUAGCAGUGAAGUCCAUUUCAAGAUCAAGCGCACGACUCCGCUACGUAAGCUCAAGCAAGCGUACUGUGAAAGACAAGGUGUACCUGUCAAUUCUCUUCGGUUUAUGUUCGACGGCAACCGAAUUGGUGAUGACCAAUCUCCGAAGCAACUAGAAAUGGAUGACGAUGACGUUAUUGAAGUCUUUCAAGAACAGACUGGUGGAUGCUGGUGAGAAAUAACCACCAGCAUAGCAUUUUCGCCGUUGCUGAUGUCGCUUAAAUAUAACAGGCUCACGCAGUCAGUCUACCUGUUGGCAGUAGAAGUUUACAUCGCAACCAGACUCUCUUGUGUACAUGAUUGUAUUUGUUCCGCCUUAUGAAAUGCAAGAAACGCUUAAACCCAGCAUUCAAAUGUAUCCAAAGUGUAAGUUGCAUGGGUCGUGAACUCUACAAGAGUUUGGAGAAUAUCCAUUCUUUCGUUCGUUGUUGUUUUAUGUCCUUGAACAGUGGUGUGUGCUGAUGUGCUGCAUUGUUUUUUGUGUUUUUUACUGUGCAAAAAGUGACCAGCUUUUGUUUCAAUAUGACAUUGUGUUGUUAUGCACAAUGCACAUCUUCGAUGUGCACAUCACAUGCUCCCUGUACAUAGGCUCUUUCUGAACAAGCAUACACAACCCUCCACACUUGUAUGCAUGUACUCUGCAACCACUGGGCUCUAGCUUUUACAGAGCAAUUGCUUUCAACCAUGAGCUGUCCAUGCCUUCUGUGGCUGGCUUGUGUUGUCUUUCUUAUUCUGGAAGGGAUUUUGAACGUUGACAAUUGUGGAUGUUGUUCUGAACAAAUCCUCAUAUGCAUGUGUGUUUAAAACUAAAACUCUUUGUCUCCGCGUCAUCGCUUAUUUGCGUGCAUGUGUGUUUCUUUUAUAUGGUCCUUGUGAUCUUCUUUGCUCCAUUUUUAAUCCGGAACCAUUGCUUCUGUAUGGCGUGCUCAGUUCGAUUGUCAGCCGUCAUGGUUUUGAUGUGGUUAUGAUCGUUCUUGAGCUCUCGAUCCAAGUUCCUGGAUCGGUAUGUGA